GUCACUGGGCGGGGAUGGCACGUGACCCGCUCUGCGGCUCUCUGUGGGCACGGGCUCGUUCUUUCCUCGCCGUUCCCGCUCCCAAUCCAAAGCCAGUCCUGUUCCCAAUCCCGUUACAGARGCCAUCCGCCCAUCCCGCUCCGGUAACACCGGCGGUGACCGAAAACACCGGACCCCCCCAACAGCGCGCGUGGCCCCGCCCCUUCCUGCGGCUGUUGCCCAAUGAGCGCGCAGGCCGCGGUUUAAAUGGCAGGGGCGGGCCCGGGCGGUUGCAGUCACCAUGGGCAGCGCUGAGGGCCGAGAUUGGGUUGAUGUUGCCAAUGAUCUUUUAAGGAGCUGUCRCAUAAACCAGCAAAUAAAGCAUCUCUCAGAAUGUGGUGCUGACAUGUUUGUUCAUCUUUAUGAGUCAAUCUUAGAAGAAAAGGUUCCAGAUUUCAUAGCCACUCCCAGAAGCCAAGAAGAUGAUGCACAUAAUGUACAAGCAGUAAUAGAUUCCCUGGCAUUGGAUUUUUUGCAGGUCAGCCUAUCUCACAUCACUGGUGAGAACAUUGUGAAAGGAGACAAGGAAUCUAUCAAAAACCUCCUCGAAAUAUUUGAUGGUUUGUUAGAGUAUCUUACAGAAGUCAGUGAAGCAUCUUCCCAGAUUGGAGCUGCAAAAAAUCUGCUGUCCAGUAAUGAAAUUCAAACUACAUCUGAAGAGCAGCUGGAAAGCUCUGCUAGUCCACUUACACAGAGCACAGAACUCUCAUCCACUGAAGGGUCCCAGUCAGAAUAUUUUGUUCUAACUUGUGAAUCAGACGUCUCAGAAWCUACCAGUGAAUUAAUUAAACUUGGAGAAACUGCUCAUUCAUUUUCCAGGAGAGGGGAAGAAUUUCAGAUGCCUAUAUUGUGUGUAGCGGAAAAGGACACAGGGGUAGAAGAAUCUGAAAGCUCAGAGGCUCUUACAACAUUGCCCAGCCUGUUCUCAGAAAGUGAAAGGGGGAUUGUAAAGGAAAAGGAAGAUGGAGGGAUGGAGCCUGUUCAUGCUGCUGAAUCUCACAGAGGGAGCUUGAGUGCCAGUGCUACAAAACUGGGGGAGCCYAUCCAGCAAGCAAUUCCUCUGCUGCCCCCGUUCCAGCCCUCGGAUCCGGGAUGGAGAGAUUAUCACAGCUCAGACAGACAGGCAGCAGCUUUGGCUUCCAGUCAAGGGAUGACCAUUUCUACUAUUGAAGAGUCAGUUACCAAAAAAUCUGAUGAUUUUUCUGAUGGUCUCCCUCUAUCAAGAAAGAUGUCUGUAGUAGGCACAGUGCCAUUAACUCACACUUACCUGUCAUCUGUUUCUGCAGGGAGAGAAGUGGUGGGACCAGAUGAUGCUGAGGACAAUGUGACAAAGGGGCUUUCAUUAUAUGAGUCUAAAUCCUCCUCCUUAGAGGAAAAGCUCUCACUACGUGCUGAACGAGUAAAACAAACUCCAAGACCCCAAUCUCGGUACUGGCCCAGAACAACAAGAUACAAAAAUUCCACCACAGACUCACUGAAGGAUUCACUUUCCCGCAGAAAAACAAGGGAGAAGACGCCUGAGCAAGAGUUUCGUGAAGCAUCAGAAAGUCUGUCUCGCAGGCUAAAUGAACUAGAUUUAAUAUUGAAGAGAGCUUUGGGUGAGCACACAAGAGAAGAGGAGCUGACAGAUGAGGACACCCUGUCACACCACAGUGACAGUGUCAUGGACUAUCGCCAGAUGACAGCUGAGAGAGACACAUCACAUCCAAGGUACCCCAGCAGGCCACGAUCCCUCUCCAUCUCCAUCCCAUCUUCACCCUCAUCUCAACAUCAGGAACAUCAACUCUGUGAGAAAAGAAUAGACCAAAUGAACACAAUACGCAGCCAGCUGCAAAGAGAAAGGGAUGAAAGAGCAAGAAAAACCAAGCUGGUCAAUAAAGUUUAUGAACAUGAUCUAAGAAUUUAUGAAGCGAAGGAGAAGCAUAAACUUUCUAAAGCCAAAGAAGUUGCAAAGGGAAGGGAACAAGARUUCAAAGAAAACGUCUUUAAAGAAUCUCCAAAAAUGUCUCAGCUAGUGAAAGUUUGUUCUAGAAAAACYGCACCUCAGUAUCCCAAACACAGCCAGCGGAUUCCAAAACGGGGGAUCAUGAAGCCAAAGCAAGCAGCUCCAAUGACAGUAAGAGACAAUGACCUCCUCUUGCAGCUCCUGGAGGAGUUUCCCAGCCUGCACAUUUCUGCACGGACUCUGGGUAAAAUGUGGCAGCGGCARCUUGCACACACUGCACACCUAAAGGCACCUGCUGGCAGACCUAGAGUGAAACUCCAGAAUGAGGUUGAACAAGCCUUGAGGAAACACGAGCUUCUUGCUGCAAUUAUUAAGAAAGAUCAAGAUCAGAGCAAGAGACUGCAAGACAUCAAGCAGCGCAUCYACCGGCAGAAAUGGGCUCAGAACAAACUGACCGAGAAGCGGCAGCAGGUGGCCCGGGCCAGGAAAUACUACGAGGAUUACAGGGUGCAGCUCCGGGCCAAGAUGAUGCGGGCAAGGACACGGGAGGAGAAGAUAUUUAAAAGCUUAUUUGAAGAAGGCUUAGCACUCCAGAAGCAAAGACUGAGGGAACUGAGACAAUAUGCUCAAGACAAGCGUGAUGAGCAACAGMGAAAGCACCAGAAGGAGCUGGAGUCUCUGGAGAACUACUACAAAGAUCAGUUUUCCAUGCUAGCAGAAGCURUAUCUCAAGAAUUCCAAGAAAUCCAAACCAGAGAGCAAGUACAAGCACAAAUGCUACAGAAAACAAAAAAAGAACUGAGAUCAAAGAUGGAAAAGGAAAUACAGCAACUGCAAGCAGCAAUUUUGAAAAAUGAUGAUGACACCUUUUUUCAAGAACUAGAAGCAGACAGACUGAGAUCCAGGCUUCAGAUGGCUUCUUUCCAGUACAGCCAAAGCCAUUUCUUUUAAGACUCGGGUAAAUGUCAUUGCAGUUCUCCCUGGCUAAGAUGAUCAGAGGUCUUUGAGGGCUGCUGUAAUGGGAAGAUGGUGUGAGGCUGUUUUUCUCUCUAAAAUAUCUGUUUUGUCAUUUUGGCCUGUCAGGGCUGUAGCUGCUGGGACCUGGGAUUUCCACAGCACUUUUAUGAUCAUCAAUAAAGUUUCUGAACUAUUUCUUA